AUGGACGAACACAGAGAAGCCAAUGCAGCCGCUGAUAUAAUUUGCGGCCAGGGUGGGAUCAUUGAUUGCUUAUUCCAUGUCGAGGGUCUACCAAACCUUCUUCCUCAGGCGACUAUCGCCUCAAACAAGACAGGUGCGGAGGCCAUGACAACAACACUGCAGAGGCCCAACUAAACACUGGCAAUGGGACAUGACCAAGGCGCACUCCCGAUCCCCACCAUAGAUCAGGUCCACGAGGUGGCUUCUCUUAUCGACCUCAUCCGCGCCAAGGGGGGGAUCCCAGAAUCCCUCGAAUAUGUAGAGGCAAUGUUCCACAUCCUUCCUCAGGCGGCUCGCGUCUGGAACGACAGCAGCACCGGUGCGGAGGUCAUCACCCCAACCUCACAAAAGCCUGGUAAAACCCGUCUUAGAAUCAAGUUUACCGAAGCCAUGGCAAGCAUGCCAAACCACAAUGGCCUGCAAAACGGCGACGGCAACGGCGACGGCAACGGGCAAUACAUUCCUUCUUAG